AUGAAGAAUGGGAACAAAUUGAAGUAGUCACAAAGUUUCUCAAGGUGUUUCAUGAACUCACAAAGGUUUUUUCUGGUAGUAAGUAUCCUACUUCCAAUCUGUAUUUUGAAAGAAUUUGUCAAGUUCAGGUGUUACUAAAGAAAGAGAGCAGAAGUAAUAUUGAAUUCAUUAGGAACAUGGUAAAAGAGAUGCAAGCAAAAUUUGAUAGUUACUGGAAGGAGUUGAGUCCUAUAUUGGCUAUGGCAGUUGUGUUAGAUCCUACAUCGAAAAUGAAUUUUGUGAAAUUUACUUACUCCAAGUUGUAUCCUGAUGAGAGAGAAUUAGAAUGUCAAGUUAAUAAAGUGCAUAGUAAUAUAAAAGCACUUUUUAAUGAGUAUUACACCUUGUCAAGUUCAAGAGCUUCCAACAGUUGUGCAGCUCAGAAUUUGAGUGUUCAAAAUGGUGGGAAUUUUGCUGCCCAAGAAGGGAGUGAUUUUUUUCAGGAAUAUGUUGCAACACAGGAACGUGGUGGUAAUGUAUUAACUGACUUGUCAGAGUUAGAUGAAUAUCUUGGCGAGACGUACAGAGGUUGUCUAAAUUCACUAGACAUCCUAAACUAUUGGAAGAACCAUGAACAACAAUAUCCAGUACUUUCAAGAAUGGCAGGGGAUAUUUUGUCAAUUCCUAUUUCAACCGUCGCAUCGGAGUCUGCAUUUAGCAUUGGAGGAAGGGUGAUUGGUCGAUUUCGCAGUUCCUUAUUACCUGAAAAUGCUGAGGCGUUAAUAACAACUCGUGAUUGGGAAUAUGGAAUUGGAAAAGAAGAUAUGGAUGAGGACAAUGUGAUCGUUGAAGAAGAUAUAUUAGGAUUUGAACCUGACGCAGUGGAGGAUGGGGCAGUGGAGGAUGUGGAGGAAAUUCAUAUUGAAUAGUUGGAGCAACUCAAAGAUAAACAUGGAAUAUGAGAAUGUUUUAUCACUUACCAGUAUCUCCAAAUAUUGCAUAGAAAAGAGAUUGGAGAUGUUUUUUUGAUAGUUAACACUUUUUUUGAUUAACCACACAAUAUAUAUUUUGUGCAGGAAGUGGUUAUUAAUAUUGUGAUAUUGUCGCACUUGGUGAUACAAAUUAGAAACAAUGGUAUCUACAGUCUCGGUCUCGGAAGUUUAUUUUCAUUAUUUAUCAAUUAUCAUCAUGAACUGAUGAAGUACUGUGUAACUGUAACUAAAGUACUUAAGUACUAAAGUAAACUACUAAUGACUAGUAAAGUAAGUCUAGUAUGAAUGUAUGAUACUAUGAUAGUAUCUGUGUGACUGUGUCUGUGUUUCUUUAAGAAGACUAAUUUGUUUAGUUUUGCA